GGCAGUUUUGGUAAGUUAGCGAUUGGUGAUGUCGCUGCUCUCAUCCUCGAGUCAAAUAUUAAAAAUUUUUUUAUAUUUUUUGGCAUAAAAUCGAAACAUAAAAUAAGAAGUUCAAUUGACUAGCUGCGAACGGUUCAUGCAGUACAUCGAACGAGCAGUAAGACGUGCGAAAUUUUGGCACAUGCAGCAGACGCAAUUAAAUGCACACAAUAUUGUGUAAGUGCACAAAUAUUGAAAAACAAGAAAUCAAAUCAAAUUCAGCAAGUUUUUUGGGCUUGCUGGUGCUGUGCGUGUACGUACGUGCGUGUUCGAUUGUAUGCGAGCGCGUGUCCGUGUGCAUGUGCGUGUGUCUGUAUAUGAGUACGAGUGUGAGUGUGUAACAAAGAGCAACUCGUCUCAGCAGCAGCAGUAGUGAAAUUGGCCGCAGCUGCUGGUCGCUGGGCAACAACACAAAUAAAAGAAAAGGAAAAGGAAAAACGAAGAACGUCUCAAAGAAAGUGAAGUUAGCGCAAGUGACACUUGCUGUUAUUUUGUUUUUAUUUGGUAACUUUUGUUGCUGUUGUUUUUGUUCUGUUAAUGUUAACAUUGCAAGCCAUUCACAGUUACAUACACAUAUUUUCACUGUCGACGAGCAGCCAUGUGGGCUAAAAACAAAAUAUGUUUAAUUAAAUUUCUUGUUAAUUAAAAUCUUAUGUAUUUUUGCGCGCUUUUCGCAUAGGUCCAAUACUUCGCUACAACCCGCGUUUUUUUUUUUUUUUUUUUUUUUUUGUUUGUGUUAUUGUAAGCUUUGGUACAACUAUAAAUUAAAGUGAGCCACAUAAACAAACUGAAUAACAAAAUCAAGUUACAAGACUAAUAACAACGUAAAAACAAACACAUACAUACACAAGUACACACACACACACGCACACACUGACAAGCACACACUCAGAAGUGCAGACAUCAUAUCAACAAAGACAAACAAGAGGAAACAGAAUCAAGCAAAAUGGCCUCCGGCCAGAGCAACAACAACAGUCCCGACCCCCUGUACGAUCUGUCAUUGAUGGCCGUUGUCGACUGCCUGGACUGCAAAGUGACGACGCUGAAGCGCAUCAGCAAGCUGCCAGAGCUGCCGGACAAUCUGCUGAUCGAUGUCUACGAGCUGAUGUCCCAGCAAGCUGACCUUAAGGACACAUUAUUGGAGGAGUUGUCUCACCUAGAUAUAUUCCGUCGUCUGGUCCGUUACACAUCGGCCCGCGGCAAGCUGCUGCGCAUUGUGGCAGCUUUGAUGGCCAGCAACAAGGCGCUGCCGCGGCGCCUCAGCGAUGCCUAUGUGGGCCGCUUUGCGCUGCCCGAGAUUGGAACAGAAGAGAGUGAACUCGAUGAAGCUCAACCAGCGGGAGCAAAAACUGUUGCUGGAACGGGAGCUGCAGCUGCAGCUGCAACUGCAACUGCAACUGUAACUGGAGUUGAAACCACUGCCACCACAAUGGACGUAGUUGCUAUUGCAGCCAGUUGCCUAAAUCACAUGACGCCUAAAGAGAAUCAUGCAGCGGCCGAAGCCGAAGCCGAAGCCUUGUCCAUGGACGAAUUGCCCGAUGAGGAUGUCAUGGCCAUCGAUUUGGGCCUGCGCUUGGGCAGCUUUCUCUCCGAGGCUGGCUGGAUGCAGGAGAGCAUUGCGGUGCUCUCCUGCCUCAAUGAAAGACUGAAGAGAAUGCAAGCGUUCCAGGAUGGCAUCAUCACGCGACUCGAUUGCCUGCAGCGCCUGCUCUACGCAGAGUCUUCACUUUGCAACUUCAAGCUCGCCCAGAAGACAUACGCCGAGCUGAUGGAGAUAAACAGCCUGCUGACAGACUCGGUGCCGGCGCCGCUAGUUGCGAUGGCCUACACCCAAAUCUCGUCCAUGUACUAUGCGCGCAACGAGUAUAACAAUAGUCACAUGUGGAGCGUGCAGGCCAUGCGCCACUUGGAAGCUUCAGCGCCCACACGUGUGGCGAUCGAUGUACUGCGACAGGCGGCCAAGGCGUGCGUGGUGAAGCGCGACUUUGCGCGGGCCAAUUUGCUCAUCUGUCAGGCGGUGCGGCGGGCUCGUGAACACUUUGGCCCCAAUCACCAGAAAUACGGCGAUGCGCUGCUGGAUUACGGUUUCUUUUUGCUGAAUGUGGAUUCGGUGUUCCAAUCGGUUAACAUUUACAAGGAGGCGCUGGCCGUGCGCCGCGGCAUCUUUGGCAACAUGAACUUCCAUGUGGCGAUUGCCCAUGAGGAUCUGUCGUAUGCCUACUAUGUCCAUGAAUACAGUACCGGGGACUUUAGCUGCGCCCAGGAGCACGUCGAUGAGGCGGUUAAGAUCAUGAAAACUCUGGUUCCCAGCAAUCACUUAAUGUUGGCCUCAGCCAAGCGCGUGAAGGCGCUGCUGCUGGAGGAGAUUGCGUUGGACAAAAUUGCCGACGGCAUGGAUGAGGAGGGUCUGCUGCUACAAUCGGAGGAGUUGCAUAAUUUCGCUCUGCAACUGUCGCUGGAGGUGUUCGGCGAGGUGAAUGUGCAGACGGCCAAGCACUAUGGAAAUCUGGGGCGGCUCUAUCAAACAAUGAAUCGCUUCGAGGAGGCGGAGCGAAUGCAUCAAAAGGCGAUCAGGAUUAAAACUGAUCUGCUCGGUCCGUAUGACUACGAGGUGGGCCUAUCCAUUGGCCAUCUCGCAUCGCUCUACAAUUAUCAAAUGAAGAAAUUCCGUCAGGCUGAGGACUUAUAUUUGCGCAGCAUCGACAUAAGUUUGCGUUUGUUCGGACGCACCUAUUCCGGACUGGAGUAUGAUUAUUUGGGUCUGUGCCAUGUCUAUGAGACUCUACACGAGUUUGAGAAGUAUUUGCGAUAUGCUCACAUUCUAGAAAACUGGCAGCAGCUGCGCGGUCAGAAUAUCACACAGAACUCUAGCUAUCCGGCCAUCGAGGUAGACUACACUAUUGAGCAGGUCAAGUCAAAGUUCUUCAGCAUGAAUGUCAAGCGUGUGCCCACUCCGCCAGAGCCCAAGAAUUGAGAGUCAACAGAACGUUUAUGAAAACAUAAAAUGGAUCAAAAUCUAUUUGAAAUUUGGGUCUUGGUGAAACACGAGAGAAGAAGAAAAAGAAAUUUAAGUUUUGAUUUAAUUGGUAUAAAUUUAAGAAGAGAACAAGUUGAAGCUGAAAUAGAGAAUGAGUCUAAUUUA